AUGCUUAAAUUAAUUUUAUUUGAAAUAGACAAAGAAUUACAGCUGGAUAAUUCAAGUUUCUCAGAUAAAUAUCUUAAAACAUUUAAAAAGUUCCAAAAAGGUAUUAUUAACAGCAUUUGGGUUACGAUUGAUGGUUACAAAAAAGUAUUAAGAAUUUUAGACAAAAUAAAUUUCAAGGACAAUGAUUACAGCAAUGAUGAAUCACAAGACACUGAUUCUCUAAAUAGUAGCAGUAGUUACGAAUGUUAUGAAGAUAGUAACAAUAGUAGCAAAGAAGAUGAAGAUGAUAUGCAGAAGAGAAAAAACUUGUUAAGAAAUCUGAAGAAUACAUGUACUCAUAUAAAUAAAAUUGUUGAGUGGAAAAUUGAUGGUUAUGAUGUGUUAAAUGAAAUCUUUCAAAAUAUUAAAAAAGAUUCCAUUGAGAAUUUUUCACAUGACUGUCCAUUAAUGUCAUUGAAUGGUACCUAUGAACAUGAAAUUGGUUCAUUUUUUGAUGUUCUGUUAAAUUUUAAUGAUGUUCAAGUAGCUUGGAAUGAAGAAGAGAGCGAAGCAUCAAAGGAAAGGGUGAUCUCCACUACAAAUGAUAGAGUAUAUGGUCAUAAGCCUGAUUUUCAGGUUUUAUAUUAUCUUCAGUUUGAGACAUAUGAAUUAGCAUUUUGUGAAAUUAGUGGAGUUCCUGAGCUUGUUGACACAAAAAAAUUUAAUGCUGACAAGAACAAACUAUGUAGAUUUGGAUCAGAUGCAAAGGCUAGAAUGCUAAAAAAAAUUUAUGACAUAGAUAGUGGCUAUUUCUACAAAAAUCUUCAAAAUUUGCUCAAAAUUCCAAUCAUGUUGAUACAAGUUUAUCAAGCAAUGGUCGAUCUUAGCAGCAACAAUAUUUAUUCACCAAUCGGAAGCUUUAUUUUACUUGAUGAAAUUGAAUAUUUUUUUGAAAAGCAAACAGAGUUGUAUCAAAUUGAUUUCAUCACUAAGCUAUUGAAAGUAAGAGAAUCAGUUAAAAAAACUUUGUCAGAGAUUAAAUUACACUUUAAUGAAGCAACUUUACAAGUAACUAAACCACCUUGGCAAAUAGCAAGAAUUAAUUACAAUGUAGUACUAACUACACCAAAUUAA